UUUCGUGACUGGACGAUCUGAGAAGGGCGGGGUCGCGGCGGGCACAUGUCUAGCUGCGCGUGCUCAGUGAGAAGCUGGUCCUGUCUUGUUGGCUGACUUCACCAUGGACUUUCGGUCCGCUCGGAGGGCUGUGCUUCAGCUGCUCGGAACUACGGCUCCCGCAGACGUCCCGGCACUGCUUCACUGGAUGAGGACUACCCGGGAUUUUGAUGAAUUUACUCAAGAUAACAAUGACAUUAUGUUGAAGAACAUAGCUGAUGACCUUCGGAACUGUUUGCCUGUAGAAGCUGUGCUCUGCUCAGAACAUCUAGCCCUUCAAAAAAUACGACAACAGCCAGAACCCACAGUUCACGUUGAUGCAUUCCUUUAUGAUGAAGACUUUAUUGAUACAUUAUGUGAGGAAGGAAAAAUGAGCAGAAACUACUGUACGGUGUGUGGCUCACACCAAACAGCGCCUUUGGGAUUUAUCUCUCAUUCCUUCUCCCUCACGGAGUUGAAGUUCCUUUACCAUCACAUACUCCCUGACCUGUCAGGAAAGGUCUUGGUUGACGUUGGCUCCAGACUUGGCACAGUCCUUUAUGGGGGUUACCUUUACAGCUCAGCAGUGCAGCUCUGUGGGGUAGAGCUGAAUGGAGAAUUUUGCCAAUUGCAGGAAAUGAUCAUAAAGAAAUACCAGUUCAGUGACAGAAUAAAGGUGCUUCAUGCAGACAUCUGUACCCAAGGUUCCCUUCUGCAAACUGCUGACGUCAUUGUAAUGAACAAUGUCUUCGAAUAUUUUCUUACUGAGGCUCAACAGGCCAGGGUUUCUCUGUGUGGCCCUGGCUGUCCUUGAACUCACCCUGUAGACCAGGCUGGCCUCAAACUCAAGACAUUACCUGUCACUACCAUCCAGUCAGUGCUCAAUUUGAUUUUAAUAAUAUUUUUAUUUUUCUUCGACACGUUUGUACAUGAUAUCAACUUAUUUUAAUAAGGAAACAGAUUAAAUGCAAAAUUUGGACAAAAUACUGAUUUUGUAAAUUUUUUUUUAAGUUUACAUGUAUUUAUUUGUGCUCAUCAUAGUGGGUGUGUAGAAGUAGAAGGAAAAUUUGCAAGAUUCACUUCUCUCCACCAUGUGUGUUCUGGGUAUCAAACUCAGGUCAUCGGGCUUUAUGUAAACCACCCUCUGAGCCAUCUCAGUGGCCCCUGUAAUAUGUAAUGUUUGAUGGAUAUAAAAUGAUAGCCUGACUCCCACAUUGGCUCAGGGACUAGCAGUUCCCAGUGCAGUUCUUGCUGUCAUUGUGCUAAUCUGUUGUCUUAGUUUCUUUUCCUGUUGCUGUGAUAAAAACCUCUGACAAAAGCAACUUAAGAGAAAAAGGUUGCUUAGCUCCUUCUGAAGUCUCUCUGAUGGUGGAGGUGGAUCCGCACUCGGAGUGAGAAGCAGCAGUGCAUGCGCGCUCUUUAGCCCGGCUCUCUUCAGUUGUUGAUCCACUCAAAAUAACACCUGGACAGCUAGCCCCGAGUCCCUCCGAUCAGCUGAUUCUAGAUGUUGUCCAGUUGACAAUUAACACUAGCCAGCACACUUAUCAUAAACUAGUAUGGAUUAACCAAGGUUUAAUAGACUGAGAAUAUUAACCUUCAAAACUAGUUAAUUUUUGUGUUUGCUUUUUACAGUUCUGGGGUUGAGCCCACAGGCAGGUGCAGGCAGGUGCUCUGUCUCUGAGCUACGUCCUCUAACAGGGUCCCUGAGGAAGGAACCUCUGACAGGAUCCUGGAGUUAUUUCCUGUCCCAACUGGUGGGAAGGUAGCAACUGUCUGAUGAGUUCUCUGUGCAGCCCAGACUGGCCUUGAACUUGAAGUCCUCUUGCUUCUGUUUCCUGACGCUAACAGGACAGGCAUUUAUCACCACAGCAGCAUUUUUACUUUUAAACUUAGUUGCAGAUAAGAAAAAUAUUUUAUAAUUGUUGACAAGUAUAACAUCACUGGUCUAUUAAUAAGGCAUUGAGAGAAGGUUAAACACUUUGGAGAUACACAGAUUUCAAAUGCUGAAGACUGUUGUAAGCUGUUGUGAACUGUGGGGGGUGGGGUGGAUCCUAUAUUUAGAUUGGUGUGGUGGCACACGCCUUUAUUUCCAGCACUAGGAUGGAAGAGGCAAGUUCCAGACCAGUCAGGGCUCCAAUGUGAGAUACAUGAUGUUAUUUAAUUACUGCUAUUUAGGGAGCAGUGAAGCUGGGGUGAAUGUGUGUUAUUGACAUGGUCAGGGCCAUGUCAAGGACCCCACACCUUAGACGAAUGGGAGUGACAAUGCUUUCCUCUCCUCCCUAUGCAGAUGGUUACAGUGUGUAAAUGUAGAAAAUGACUACCAUGGCUUUCUCCCCCUGGGUGGUUAAGGCCUGAAGACUGCUCCCCUGCAGUCUAUUCCUAGUGAGAUUAGCUAACCCUGUCUUUUUGUCAGCUGCAUGUAAUAACCUGCUUAACUGCACGAUGUAAUAACCUGCCUAACUGCACGUAAUCGGCAUGCUGAGCUUCCAGGGUGAUGCAGCUUCUCCAUCCAAAAAGGAGAGCACAGCCCACCCGACUCUGACUGCCUCUGACUGCCCCUAGGUCAGGGUUCCAGACCCGUGCCGCACCAGAACACUGAACUUCGUUAGUCUACGGCAGUGAAUUCAGCUAAACAGUGAGCUGAAGGCAUCCUGAGCUCUGUGAGACCUGUCUUGGAUAAUUGAAAAGAUUGUGCUAAUAUAGUUUUCCAGUUUUUUUAAUUAAAUGGACUUGUAAAGUACAGCAUUUUUAGGAACCACAUUUAAAAAAAAAAAAAAAAACUCUAGUUGAAACAGUGCUAAGUGAUUAUCAUCCGCAUCCUGAAAAACAAAACAAAACAAAAUGUUCUAAACGUAUGACACCUAUUAGCCAUAGCCUCAACCAAAAAUAAAUACAAAUGAUGCUGCUACCCAUCCACCUCACCAAUCUCACUGUGGAGACUGUGUUCCCCGCUGGUGGGGUAAACUACCAAGGCCAUACAUAGUGUAAUCUGGUGCAUAUCAACCCUGGGAGUUACACAGACCUGGUCAAACCACACUGCACUCUGGCAUGCUUUGGCGGGUUAUUUCAUUAUCCUAUAGAACUGGCUAGUCCCACCAAACUUUGCAGAUGCUCUUUAAUAUUGGAAUUCCCUCCCCAAAGUACUCCAUCCAGCCAGAUGAGGUAUGAUUUAACUCUUGAUAUGAGUUUAAAGAGAUCUAAUCUACACAGCAUACACAUCUACACAUAGUUUUAGUUUCUGGCUUCUGUACCCCUUGUUUUCCCAGGACACUUCCCCUUCCUCAGCAAUCUCAGCCUAGUUGCAGUCUGAAGGACUGAUUCUCAUGUGCUCUGUGGAGAAAGUUCAAGGCUUUGAUGCUGAACCUGCUUGACUUGUGCGAUUCUGAAAACUUCAGUUCUCUUAUUCAGAAUCUUUACAGUAACCCACAUCCCCAUCUUGUUAAUAUCAGUACUUUGACCUCGUAACUUUACCAACACCCCUCAGGAACUGGAAAUUUUGCCAAUUUCUACUGUGUUGCUGUAGUUCUGUUUCCUGUGGGUAAACAUUUUGCCCAUCUAGAUUUCUAGAUACUGAUUGCAUUUUCUUUUGUCAUCCUUAUUCAGAAAAGAAAAGAAAAAAAGUCCAGUGUCUGAUAAAAGCUAACAUGUCAGGUUUUUGUUUUGCUUUUUAUAGUGAAGUUUUGAGUUCUCAGCAAAACUUUUAAAAAGCUAAGCAUUUCCUGUACACUCUACCCACCACACCGCAGAGUCUGUAUGCACCGUUACCAUUCCUCCCACCACAACAGUGUGCGUCUUAGGAUGGGUCUUGGGAACUGCAUAGUCACCAGAAGUUUACAGUAGCGCUCACUCCUGGUGCCGCACAGCCCGUGCAUGUGUGUGGAUUUGCAUGUGUGUGACUUGCGCCCAGCCUUAAAACACGGACAAUAGUUUCACUGCCCUAAAAAUCCCCUGCUCAGCCCUUUGUCCUGUACUCUCACCUCACCCUUGGCAGCCACUGAUCUUUUUCCUAACCCAUAGUUUUCCAUUUCCAGCAUGUGAAAGUUAUAAUCAUACAACUUCCAGAACUCUUCCAGGUUAGGUUCCCUCUCUAGCAACAGGCAUGAGGUUCCUCCAUGUCUUAAUGGCGUGAACGCAUUCCCUUUUAGAGCUGAACAGUGUGCAGUUGUCUAGAUAUGUCAAAAUUUCUCCAUGUCAUAAUUGCUUCCAAGGUUGGUAAAUUAUGAAUAAAAUUACAAUAACUAAUCACGUGCAGAUCUUUUUUGUAGUACAUGUUUUAAACUUCUUUGCUAUUUGUGUAAAUAGCAAAGUGUACAGUUGCUGGUUUUUUGUUUUUGUUUUUUUUUGUUUUGUUUUUUUUUUUUUUUUUUUUUUUUUUUGGAUUUGGUUUUAUUGAGACAGAGUUUCUUUGUGUAGCCCUGGCUGUCCUGGAGCUCACUCUGUAGUACAGGCUGGCCUCGAACUCAGAAAUCCGCCUGCCUCUGCCUCCCAGAGUGCUGGGAUUACAGGUGUGCGCCAUCACCGCCCCGCUGGGUUGUUUAUUAAAGGCUACAUCCAAGGUUUUGUUGGGUUUGUUGUUGCUUUGUUCAGAUGAGGUCUAAUUCUAUAGCCAAGGCUGGUGCCCUAAAACUCAUUUUGUAUCCCAGGCUGGCCUCUAACCCAAGAGGAACCUCCUGCCUCAGUUUCCUCGGUGCUGGGAUCCCAAGUGUUUCCCACCAAACUUGGCUGGGGCUGUGACUUAGAGGUUGGGUAGAUUGCUUAACAGUCGUGGCUCUCCUCCCCAUCAGGAGAUAGAAAGAGGAAACAUUGAACAAGAGAGCCAUCUCUAUUCUGAUUAAUAUGUGAUAUUAUCUUACUGUUUCAUUAUAUCAGUUUUUAAUGUG